GGGAGAGCUGUGGGUUGCUGCGAGGGAUGGUGGCUCAGGUGCCCAGCAGGCUGGAUUCGGGGGAACGUGGGGGGCAGGCGGCUCAGGACUCCUCCCUCUCUCCCCCCCAGAGCCAUGGCGGAGCCGGCGCCCCCCGCGGCGGAGCUGGCCCUGCGGCGCCGCCUGCCCCCCCGCCUGCCCCGGCGCCCGGGCGACGUCUACGUCAACAUGCAGACGGAUUUCAAGGCCCAGCUGAGCCGGUGCCAGAAGCUGCUGGGUCCCGGGGGCGGCUGCGCCGAGAUCUGCAUCCACGGGCUGGGCCUGGCCAUCAACCGGGCCAUCAACAUCGCCCUGCAGCUCCAGGCGGGCGGCGCCGGCGCCCUGCGCCUGGCCGCCAACACCUCCACCGUCCCGCUGGCCGACGGGCUGGAGCCCCAGGGCGACGCGGACGGGCGCCCGCCCCUCGCCCAGGCCCGCAACAACUCGGCCAUCCACAUCCGGGUGUGCCGGGUCGCGCCCCCGCCCUGAGCGCGGCCCGCAUGGCGCGGUGCUGGGGCACCGAACCCUGUCCUGGCACGGAGAGAGUCCCCGGAGCCUGGCCCUGGCGCUUGAUCCCCAGCACGGACCCUGGCCUGGGAAACCCCUGUCCCCACACGGAGAGACUCCCCGGAGCCUGGCCCCGGACACCCCUGCUCCGGCGCCCAGGGACAGAGCCCCGGCACGGAGCUGGCCCCCCGACGUGGAGCUGGGGCACGGAGCCUGCUCCCGGAAACACGUGCCCUGGCACGGAGCUGCUCCCAGGAGCUUGACCCCCAGCAUGGAGCCUGGCCCCGGACACCCCUGUCCCAGCACGGAGCCUGGCACGGACCCUGGCCCUGGAAACCCCUGUCCCAGCACGGAGAGUGUCCCCGGCCCCUGGCCCUGGAAACCCCUGUCCCAGCACGGAGAGUGUCCCCGGCCCCUGGCACGGACCGUGGUGCUGGACCCCCCUGUCUCAGCUCGGAGAGUGUCCCCGGAGCCCGGCCCCCAGCACAGACCCUGGCCCUGGAAACCCCUGUCCCAGCACGGAGAGUGUCCCCGGCCCCUGGCACGGACCCUGGUGCUGGACCCCCCUGUCUCGGCUCGGAGAGUGUCCCCGGAGCCUGGCCCCCAGCACAGACCCUGGCCCUGGAAACCCCUGUCCCAGCUCAGAGCCAGUCCCUGGAGCCUGGCCCCGGAGCUCAACCUCCAGCAUGGGGCCUGCUCCCGGAAACAUGUACCCCAGCGCGGAGCCGGUCCCCGGAGCCUGGCCCCCAGCACGGAGCCUGGCCCCGGACCCCCCUGUCCUGGCACAGAGUCCCUGGAGCCUGGCCCCAGACACCCCUGCUCCGGUGCCCAGGGACAGAGCCCCGACAUGGAGCCGGUCCCUGGCUCCCCAGCACGGAGCCUGCUCCCGGAAACAUGUUCCCCGGCACGGAGCUGGUCCCUUGACCCUGGCCCCCCCGGCACGGAGCCGGCUCCCGGCCACCCCUGCUCCAGAGCCCUGGCCCGUAGAUGCCCUCCACUGGACCAAGCACACCUGUCUGGCUAUGUUUAUGGGGGGCACACUUGACCUUUGCCCCCUUUCUGGACCCCCCCCCACCCAACCAAGACUGGAUGCCGGAGCCUAAGGGGAUGCAACUGGGGGGGGUGGGAUUUGGAUUUGGGGGGGCUGGGGAAAGCCCCCUCUCCUGCCAGGACCUGGCUCAUGGCCUGCACCUCUUCGAUUGAACAAUAAAAGCGACCAGUGGCUUGGUCAGCACUGGGCUUC